UGCGGUUAUGAGGAGCCGUUGCUACCACCGAAGAAGCGCGCGCCGCCCUUCUUCGGCGGUUCCUCGGCGCUCGCGUCGCUGUCGUCAGAUGUUUUAGAGCGACUCGGCGCGUAGUGGCUGCGCUUCACACGGAUAAUGGGUCCUUAAAAAACGGUCGGGACGGAGAUUUAAAUUGUUAAACCGGCUGUAUGCCACCCAGUUUGAGGAAACGCUCCAUACGCUCAAUGCUAGCUAGUUAGCCGACCGCGUUAGCACUUUUGCUAAUGCUGACAGCAAAGCUAGCGACUAGCUAACGGUAGCAUGCUAGCUGGACAUGUCAGCGCAGUCCAGCUCGAGUCAGGCACAGGCGUUGGCUGCGCGGACAGAGCGUACAAGUUUAACUUUUACAUCGUGGGACCGCUAUUGCCACAGCCGUUGUCCUUUGCUACAACUGCAGUGCGGGUUGUCAACAGAAAGCAGUGUUCCUUUACUGAGAAGCUUGCUUUAAAGUGUGACAGGUCUCUUUCAGAAGAGCAUAAUGCAGUUUUAGUCAAACUUGGAAACGACCAGUUUUGCUCACCUGGUGUUGGGAAAUGAGUAGUGCACUGGUAUUUCCUUUCUCCGACAUGACCCCUAAACGUGGUAAUUUUAAACGAUGUUAAUCAGGUGCCUUUUGAACAGUUAACGCUAGCUAAGUGUCCAAACACCAGGAGCAAGGUAGGGUACUCCAGGUACAUCCCGUAGAAGACUGUACACAGUCACUUGUGACCCCCACCUCCCCACUUUGUAUUGUCAUAGCGCUUUGCUCCUCAACAGUUAAGAGUGUGUUGUGAUUUAAAAAAAUAAAAAUAAAUUGCAUCUAGUUAAGACAACGUUUGGGGCAUGCGGAAAACAAGACAUAGGACGUCCCGAACCCCAGCUGUCACAGAAUACUUUAGGCCCACCUCAGAGUAGGAAAAAACAAUUUCUAAUAUUUUAAUCUCCCCAUCUGGAUGUCUGAUUUGGAAAUCAACAUAGAUCCGUAUGUAUUUCCUCCAUGUUGAGAUUUAGACCCGAUGAAGGGUAGAGGGACCUCAAUGCAAAUUUUAUUUUAAAGUAAGUCUUAAUAGCUUAAAGAACCCUUGCAGUUUGGAGCCCGCAAAAUGUAAAUCCCAAGGUAGAUGGUUAAGUUUAUCCCUUAAGAAGAUGAACAUAUUUGUUGGUGCAAAUCUUGGCUGUAUCUCUCACUAGCCUGAAGAGGGCACUGUUAUUUACAUGAGAGUAAGCAUUAAGCUCUUUGAAGGAAAGCCUUUCAUUUCUACACCCUAAGAACGACAAUGGAGAGCUCUUCAGUCUACAUGUGUUUCCCCUGUUACCGUGAGUUCCCUACACUCGAGGAAGUGUUGACCCAUCAGCUGACGUGCACGGCCGAGAGCACACAGACUCUGGCUGCAGGGACCCCUGUCGAGGCUGCUGCCCUCGCUGCCGGUCUCCCACAGUUGACAGCUCAGUCGUUGUCUGCUGCUCAGGUGCAAUGUCAGGUGGACACGGACCUGACUCAGUUGGGGAUGAGCCUUGUCCAGAUGGAGGCGGGGCUUUCUCCCACACAGGACCGGCGGAAAGUCCUGCCCUCCUCCGAUGCUCCUCGCGUCCUCUACCAGUGCGCUGACUGCGAGCUCCUUUUCGACGCUCUCUCCUUGUGGCAGCAGCACCGCAAGAUGGGCUGCUGCCAGGUGCCUGGCCCGGGCCCGGGGGCAGAGCCAGAGGUGGAUCAGGGGGCGGAGCACAUAGAGACAGUCGCUGCCUUUCAGCUGCAGCCCCCCGCAGCUGACGCCGAGCAGGGCGAGUGGGCUGAAUCGGAAGUGAGUGUGGAAACCUCCGCAGAGGGACUCGCAGAAUUGGUGGAGAACGAUCCAGAAGAAGUAGUCAAGGCCGUGCCUUCGCUGCUGAGCUCGGCGAGCAAUGGUGACCGGCCCGAAACUGAGCAUGAGCCGUCGGAGGUGCCGGCCACGCAGGCUGCCGGAACGGCGGUGGAGCCCCUGGAUGAGCAGAGCCCGCCAGUGAAGCGGCGGGGGCAGAAGAAGGCGAAGCUGCUCUCCAGCCUGCUCUGCGUGGAGUGUGGCCAGUGCUUCUGCCUGGUGGCAGAGCUGAUGGCGCACCGCAAGACAGCGCAUGGCCUGCGGGAUGCCAUCCAUCGCUGUGGCGUGUGCGGCGAAGGCUUCAUCAACACCACCCUCUUCCUCUAUCACCGCAAGCAGCACCGUGCCCAGGUGGAGGGGGUGCAGCGGGAGGCGAUCUCGCCCGUGCAGCAGCUCUCCACCGCCCUGCUGGAGGCGCCGGGCGAGGGCCUGCUUCUGCUCGCCACCGCCGGCGAGGGCCAGAGCCUGAUGGAGCUCGCCGGCCUGGGGCAGGCUUUGCCCGAGGGGGUGCCUGUCGCCCAGGUGGAGGUGGAGCUGGACCCUGAUAACGCAAGGGUGGACGAGGUCCAACAGUGCGAGCAGGAGGUGGAGGAGAGCGUGGAGGCGGAGGUGGAGGGCGUGGUGAGCAUGGAGGUGGAGAACACCGAAGAAGUGGAGGCUCAGGCACAGAUCGAGGUGGAGGCAGAGCAGGAAGCAGGGAAUGAGGAGCAACUAAAGGAUGGCGGUGAAGGGCAGGUGGAGGAGCAGAUGGAGGAGCUGCUGGAGGUGCCAGCGUCAAACACGGGCUCCUCAGCUGGCCCCAGUUUCCUCUGCAGUCAGUGCGGGUCCUCCUUCAAAGCUGAGCAGGAACUGGCACAGCACCGCACUACCGAGCACGGCCUGGCAGGGGCGCUGCACACAUGCGUGGAGUGUGGGCAGGAGUUUAUGAGCACUACUCAGUACCUGUACCACCGCAAACAACACCGUGGGAGCUCCUCCGUGGGGCUGCUGCCUUUCCCCUCCACCAGGCUGACCUCGGCGCUCACCGCUCCAGCCAAACAGAGGGACAUCAUCCUGCUGAGGAGAUCAGAGCCGCUGCGGGUGGCGACGUCGAUUGAGCCCUCGGCCCCUCCUCCCGACGCCGCGCUGGAGGCUCCGGCUAAGCUGAGCCGUGACUGGUCGCGCACGCCGCUCCCUCAUGAGUGCCCGCAUUGUGGGCUGGGCUUCACGCGCCGUGGCCUCCUGCGUGAGCACGUCUUCCAGCACACGGGCGAGAAGCUCUUCGGAUGCCACGUGUGCCACAAGAGCUUCCCGUCCCCGGCCAGCCUCCUGCGGCACGGCCUGACACACGGGGGGUCCCGUGCCUUCUCCUGCCCCAUAUGCGCCCGCGCCUUCUACCAGGCCACCUCACUCAAGCGCCACAUGCUCACGCACGAGGAGGGCACACCCGACAGGCGGGGUGGGGCCAGGGGUAAGGGCCGGGGCCGCUCACUGGGGGACGGCCGUCUGCACGUCUGCCCCGACUGCCCGGCCAGCUUCAAGCUGGACUCCCAGCUGCAGACCCACAGGCUUCUGCACACCAGUCACCCGUUCCCCUGCAACACGUGCGGCCAGGCGUUCAAGCGUCGCAAGGAGCUCGACCUGCACUCCCUCAUCCACCAAGACAAGGAGCCCAAGUCGUGUCCCAAGUGCGGCUCCCAGUUUCUGAACCAGGCCGUGCUGGACCUACACCUGCAGCGCUGCACGGGCGAGCCUCCACCUCAGCGCCGCCGCUACAAGGGCCACGGGCGCGGCCGCGUGGGCGGCCAGCUGGAGUGUGACAUGUGCGGCCACCGCUGCGUGACGCAGGACGGCCUGGACCUGCACCGCCUCUCGCACACGGGCCAGACGCCGCUGCGCUGCCCUCUGGCACCCUGCAGGAGGCGCUUCGCCUCCAGCUCGGCGCUGGCUGAACACGUGUUGUCUCACUGCCGCGGCGCCCUGGGCAAGCGCAGCGCCCCCCGCCGCUACACCUGCGACUACUGCAGCAAGGAGUUCGCCUAUGCCUCCACCUUCGCUGUGCACAUGCGCACGCACACCGACGAGAGACCUUUCGAGUGCAAGCAGUGCGGGAAGCGCUUCCGCCAGCUCCCGCACCUGCAGGACCAUGAGCGCAUCCACAGUGGCGAGCGCCCGUUUGCCUGCUGGGUGUGCGGCAAGAGUUUUAGCGUGGCAGCGCGCCUGACGGAGCACGCCCGCGUACACAGCGGCGAGCGCCCCUACGCAUGCCCCCGCUGCCCCACCGCCUUCCGCUCGCGCCCCAACCUUGACAAGCACAUGCGCCAGCAUGCUGGCGAGCCCGCCCCCCCGCCAGCCACCGUGGCCGACGACAACAGUGCCGCCGUGCAGACCAUCCUGCUGGUGCAAGAGGCGCCGUCGCCCACGACGACCGCUGCCACCCUGCCGCUGCUCCAGGAUGGCACGGUGGUUGCCGAACAGCACACCCCCUCCGUGGUCUUCCUCCACCCUGGUGUCGGCAUGCCGACCGUAGCGAUGCCAGCUAUAUCGUUGGUUGAGGGGCAGGAGGUCCCGCACACCAUAGAAUUCAUCAUAGAGGAGACCGUGUAGAAAAGGGGAUGGAGGGAGAGAGAGGUGGAGAAAAGAAAGGGGAGGAUAAGGGAGCAAAUGGAGAUGAGAGAAGGAGACAGUGAGAGAUGGAGCAAUUUGCAAAAAAGGGGGUGAGGAUGGCCUCAGAAAGAGAGGCAGAAAGGGAGAAGGAGACAAUGAGCUGAACUCAAAGCCUUACAGGAGUGUAUGAGUGUGAGUGUGUGUGUAAGUAAAAAAGUGUAAGAGAGUGGGUGAUGAUUAAUUUAAGAAGCUGUGCAGACCUACUUACCUUUUUGGUCUUCAUUGGCAGUAGUGGACAAGGACACGUUUCAACUACUCUGAAUUAAAAGGAAGGCGGUAAAAUCCGCGUUUGAGCGCGCCGUUUAAGAGCAGUGUACAUACAUUAGCCUUUAUGUUCUCACUAUGUUUCCUUUUGGCAUGUGUGGUCCAUAACAUUUGUAGUGUGUUUUUAAAUAAAA